AUGCAAGAGCACUCGCUGGGACACAACCACGUCCUGACCCUGAUGUCCAUGGCGGCUCGCAUCUACAAGCACCCCAGCCUGAAGAAUUCCAUCAACCUGGUGGUGGUGAAGGUGCUGGUGGUGGACGAGGCAGCGGCGGGGCCGGAGGUGUCCGACAACGGCGGGCUUACCCUCCGCAACUUCUGCAGCUGGCAGCAAAGGUUCAACCCCCCAAGUGACCGGCACCCGGAGCACUAUGACACCGCCAUCCUGCUGACGAGACAGGACUUCUGCGGACACCAAAGCUGCGACACGCUGGGAGUGGCGGAUAUCGGCACCAUGUGCGACCGCAACAAAAGCUGCUCGGUGAUCGAGGACGAGGGCCUGCAGGCAGCCUACACCCUCGCUCACGAACUGGGCCACGUGCUCAGCAUGCCCCACGAUGACUCCAAGACCUGUGAGCGGCUCUUCGGGCCCCUCGGCAAGCACCAUAUGAUGGCUCCUCUUUUCAUCCACUUGAACAAGACCCAGCCGUGGUCCCCAUGCAGCGCCAUGUACCUCACCGAGUUCCUGGACGGAGGGCACGGCGACUGCUUGCUCGAUGCCCCGGCUGACCCCCUCUCCCUGCCCGCCGAGCUGCCCGGCCAAGGAGCCCUGUACAGCCUGGACCAGCAAUGCCAGCAGAUCUUCGGCAAGGACUUCCAACACUGGAAAAGCUUUCGGGAGCAGCAGUGCGAGAAGUACAACAGCUACAACUUUACGGAUCUGGAAGGGAAUCGCCUGGAGUGGGUUCCCAAGUACGCGGGAGUGUCACCCCGAGACCGAUGCAAGCUCUUUUGCCGAGCCAGGGGGAGGAGCGAAUUUAAAGUCUUUGAGGCCAAAGUGAUCGAUGGGACGCUGUGCGGACCAGAGACCCUCUCCAUCUGCGUCCACGGCCAGUGCAUCAAGGCUGGCUGCGAUCACGUAGUCGGGUCCUCCAAGAAGCUGGACAAGUGCGGGGUGUGUGGCGGCAAUGGCUCGACUUGCAGGAAAAUAUCCGGCUCGCUCAACCGAUCCAAAUACGGCUACAACGAUAUCGUCACCAUCCCCGCCGGAGCAACCAACAUCGACAUCAAACAGCGCAGCCACCGCGGGGUCCGUCACGACGGGAAUUACCUGGCCCUGAGGACCCUCGAGGGCAAGUACCUUAAGGGGACCAUCCUGAAAUACAGUGGCUCCCUGAGGACCCUGGAGAGGCUGCAGAGCUUCCGACAGCUCCCGGAGCCCCUGACCGUCCAGCUGCUGACCAUCGCCAGCGAGAUCUUCCCACCAAAAGUCAAGUACACCUUCUUCAUCCCCAAGGACGUCCCUUUCAGCAAGCAGAAAGGCAAAGAGAAGAAGUCGGCCAACGUCAUCCGACCGAUGCUGACCUCCCAGUGGGUCCUGGGCGACUGGUCCGAGUGCUCCAAGACGUGCGGCUCCGGCUGGCAGAGGCGGACGGUGGAUUGCCGGGACGUGGAGGGUCAAACCUCCUCCGCCUGCGACAGAGCCCUCAAGCCCGAGGACAUCAAGCCCUGCGGAGACGUCCCCUGCCCGCUCUGGCGCCUGGGUCCCUGGUCCCCCUGCUCCCAAACUUGCGGUGAGGGCGUGCGGACACGCAACGCCUCUUGCAUCGAUUACACC